GCUUUCUUGACGGGCAGACAGGCCGAACGGGCACGGGACAUUGCGCGGGGGCGGGCGCCUUCUUCUCGCCUCUCCCGGAAAGACUACGAGACCUUUGUUGCCUUGCUGCGAGCAUUGGACGGAGGGCGGGCGAAAAUCAAGGAGGGGAUGGGAUUCGCCCUGGACCAUGCCGAUGCGAGCGAGGAGGUGGUGGGCUUGCUCAAGGAGAGUCUGUGUGCGGAGAAGGGAUGGUCAGAGGACCUGGCGGGGGAACAGCCUGUGUCCCUCUCCCGGAGGGUGGCCCGUCUUUAUCUGGUGUCAGACAUAUUGCACAAUUCCUCGGCCGGUGUCAGGAACGCCUCUACCUAUCGAACAUCGUUGCAACUCGCACUGCCCUACGUGUUCUCUGCCUUCCACAACUCCUUGGCCGUGUUGGGGAGGCUCACUGCCCAGCACGUCGAGGAGAAGCUCCUGAAGGUCUUGAAAGUGUGGGGGGAGUGGUCCAUCUACCCUCCUUUGUUCAUUGCUGGCUUGGAGGCUACCUUGACGGUUGACCUGGAGAAAGAGGGGGAGGAAAAGGAAGGGGAAGAGGAAGGGAAGGAGGAAGAUCUUGAGAAGGGGCGAGAUGCCCUUGUUCGGCAGGCGCGGCAGGCGGGCUUGACGACGGAGGGUCCGCUCGUGCUCCUCUUGCGAAAGAUGAAACGCUUGGACGAAUUUGUGAAGAAAAAGGCGGCGGGGGAAAAUCGGUUGGAAGGAGGAAGGUGGACGGGAGGUGACACCCGGGGAGGGAGGGGGGCACGGGGAGG